UUCUCAACAAAAAAAAAAGAAAAAAAAGAAAAAGAAAAGAUAUAGACCCCAAACAGCCACUUCCUUUGUAAGUCUGUGUGGGAGAGAGAAUCAUCUGUGGAAGGUAUGGAUCAUGGUGAUAUGCCUGGCAUGGGUGGUAUGCCACCACCACCAUCAUCAUCAUCAUCAUCAUCCAUGAAUGGCACAGCUGGGAUGCACCACAAAAUGAUGAUGCACAUGACCUUCUUCUGGGGCAAGAACGCAGAGAUACUCUUCAAUGGUUGGCCUGGCACAAACACUGGCAUGUAUGUAUUAGCCUUGGCUAUUGUCUUUGUGCUCUCUUUCCUCAUUGAGUGGCUCAGUCAUUGCCGAGUGACCAAGCCUGGUUCAUUUACUGUCGCGACUGGUUUGCUCCAAACCUUUUUGCAUGCCUUAAGGGUUGGACUAGCUUAUAUAGUUAUGUUGGCUGUGAUGUCUUUCAAUGUUGGUGUGCUUUUGGUUGCUGUGGCUGGCCAUACUUUGGGGUUCUUUUUCUUUGCUAGUAAGAUUUUCAACAAACCAGCUGCUGUAACAGGAUCUGAUCUUCCUCCUAUGAGUUGUUGAAUAAAAGAGGGGCCUUUCUGAUCA